AAGACAUGCCACCAAUGUAUCAGCAGUCGACCCGCAACUCUCGAGGUGCAACAUGGCAUCGAAAAGGCUACCGCAAUCAUGGCUGUAUGUGGCUGAACGUGAAAAGAGCCUUUCAUAUUGCUCCUUAUGUUCGUGGCGCCGAUUUUAACGAGAACGAGACGAUGGAAGAGCUCAUUAAUGACCUCCUCCGGGAGGUUCAAACAGAAGAGGGCUCACAGCUGCCCGAAGGAGGCUACUGGGACUUCCAGGCCUUCCACGGAAUGUCUCUCUUGAGCGGACAGUUCGAGUCCCAAGCGCGUAUUUCGGUAUACUUCGACGGCGGAGAGACAAUCCAUGCUAAGGCUUUCGAUGCGGACGGAAGCCAGAUCGUGUGGGACAUGGCAGUGGCUGGGUGGCAAUACCGCUAGUUUCGACGAGUCUGCCUAGAAAACGCGUCCUCAAGCGCGUCCUGCAUUUUUUUUUCUUGUUCACGAUAUGCUUCAUCUAUCCUCACGCCGAUACGACUUAGAC